UCAUCAUCCACGUGGAGACAUGGAUAACUCUCAACAUACCCCUGCCUUGAAUCAGCGAUAAAAGAAUCCUGGAUACGAUCAAGGUAUGUCUCAUACUAAUAUCCGGAAUAUGUGCUGGUUGAGUACUAUGUGCCCAAUUCAAUUCAAGUGACUGAAAUCUGUUACCCCGCAGAAGCAUUUAUACCGACAUUUCCAGCCCCUUCUCAUAAUUCAAUUCUAAUCUACGACACAAUGCCUCUCGUCGCACAGAAUCCCCUGCCAAGAGUAAUCCUGGGCCUUAUGACAUUUGGCCCCGAUGAGGCUAAUGGCGCUCGAAUCACUACCCUCGAUGAUUACAACAAGUAUCUGGACUACUUCCAACAACAGGGAUUCAACGAGGUCGACACCGCUAGAAUCUAUGUCGGAGGACAACAAGAAGCUUUCACCGCUCAGGCAAAGUGGAAGGAACGUGGUCUAACUCUGGCAACUAAGUGGUAUCCAAAAGCCCCGGGCGAGCACAAGCCCAGUGUUCUCCGAGAGAAACUAGAGCUGUCUCUAAAGGAGCUAGACACGACCCAGGUUGACAUAUUUUAUCUCCAUGCUCCUGAUAGAUCAGUCUCCUUUGCCGAGACUCUUGAGGAAGUCAAUAAACUCCAUAAAGAAGGCAAGUUUGUCCAAUUUGGCCUAAGUAAUUUUACGGCAUUUGAGGUUGCGGAAAUAGUUACUCUCUGUACGGCGAGAGGCUGGGUGCGACCGACAAUUUAUCAGGCUAUGUACAAUGCCAUUACACGUUCAAUUGAGACCGAGCUCGUCCACGCCUGCAAACGCUAUGGCAUUGACAUCGUAGUCUACAACCCCCUUGCGGGCGGGCUGUUUUCUGGCAAAUAUAAGACGAAAGACAUACCUGAGGAAGGCAGAUACAGCGGCAAAUCCAUUUUUGGGGAACUGUACCGCAAACGCUAUUUUAAAGAUGCAACAUUCGAUGCGCUUCAAGUCAUUGAGCCUGCUGUCCAGAAGCAUGGCCUGACACUCCCCGAGACUGCGCUUCGCUGGAUCCGUCAUCACUCGGCUCUUAAUAUAAAGGGGAAUGGCCGUGACGGAAUUAUUAUUGGUGUGAGCAACUUCGCGCAGUUGGAGAGUAACCUUAGGGACAUUCAAAAAGGCCCCUUGCCCGAGGAAGUUGUUGAAGCACUGGAUAAGGCGUGGUUGAUCGUUAAGCCAACUGCUCCUGACUACUGGCACCUCGAUCUGAAGUACACUUAUGACACUAGGCAGGCUCUGUUUGGUCCUAAGUCUACGGCAUAGUGCACCCUAUGAACGAUGCUGAGCAUACUUACCACCAUAUAUCCAUGUUGGUCAUAGGCGGCUCUUACACCUUUAGUUGGAUUCAACGAACGAAUAGGACUGAUAUCCGUUCAAACCUUAUUGUCUUCCAACCAUAAAGUCAACUUUCCCACCAGGCAUCAGCUCCAUGGAAAGGUUCUAGGUCAUAGAAGAGGACUGGCCCAGGUCUCUGCAAGAUUUGCAUUGAUAUGCGCAUACUCCGCUGAUACUACUGGAAAUAACGGCGAUUGUCGGAAUCCUGGGUUGAGUGCAUAUCUCCUCAUGCAGAGAAUGAUGGAAAAGUAAUACGGAAUACAGAAGAUAGAGAUUUAUUUUACCUGAGAAGUAGCAUAAGGACAUCAAUA